GGAGCCAAAGAUGGAGGCGAGCGAGUUGCAAGGCUUGCGUCGGGGCCUGGACUGAUGAGACCGCGAGCGCGAGUUUUGUCAAGACCUUGCACGAGUUUGUCGCGAGGAUCAGUCCAAAUGAGUCCGAUGGGCGAGCGAUGAGAUUGUGCGCUCGCGACUGAAAGUUGUUGCGCCCGAAAUGGCCGAGAAGGGAGUGAGAAUUCGGCUCAAGUUCCAGGAUGCCGGAAUUUUGUCGAAGCAGCAAAUCGAUCAAGGACUCGCGCAGUGCUGGCAUCUUGUGCGCUUUGAUGAUGUGCGAACCAUCGAUGAUGUUGCGUCGGACAUCAGCUCGAUUUUCAGCCUCGGAGAAUCGUGCCCGAAUGGUCUCGGCCUCGAGGUGGAUGGGUUUGUGUUACCUACCUCACAGUCAGCUCAACUUUUGAAAGAUUCUGACCUCGUGAGAAUAAGACGGAAAGUGGAACCACCCAUCACACCAAGAACAGAAGUUCCACGUGAUGUAAGAAAAGAUGAACCUUUUCUUAUAAACGGAUACAGAUAUGCUAGCUACGGUGGUCUUGAGCUUCGUGCAAUCGAUGAGUUCGAGAAAGAAACUGGAGGCUACAAGAGUGAGGAAGAAGAAGGUGAGAUGGAGACUGAUACUUCCUUAGAUGGUGGAGCCAGAACUCUUGGAGAGACUAAACUUGCUCCCAUCUUCUUGAAAGAUUUGGAAAGAAGUGGCAAGAAACGGAAACGAGCGAAGGAUCCAGGAACCGAGGCGGGAAAAAGCCGAAGAAGUCCUGGAAAUGGAUUGCCACUUUCCUUGGCAAACGCAGAAACCAAAGAGGAGAAGCACAAAGCAAACAAAGUUUCUCGACGCACGGGGGUCAACCUUCGUGCUUUGGAUGAGUUUGAGGGGGAACUAGGGGGUUAUGAAAGUGAGCAAGAGGAAGACGAGAACGAGGAAGAGACAGAUUUCUCGCUUGGAGGGACAAAGAAUGUGAUACCAUUCGAGGUUAGAUCAUUGGGCACUCCAAGAGAAGAGAAGAGAACUGCGAAAAAACACAAACUCUCAAAGAAGGACGUGGAGAUACGGGACGACAUUCAAAUGCAACAGCUGAAAAUGGCUGUGAAUGAUAUCGAUGGAGAAGCGGAGGAUGCAAUAAAGAAGAAGAGAAAGAAAAAUCCCGAUGUCAACGUUAGCAGGCACACUGAAGAUGGACUCCAGUUGUCCCCCGUUAAGGGGAAGGACAGGAAAAAUUCAAGACGCGCCGACAAAGCAGAAGAUCUUCUCAGGAAGGACGAGAAGUUAGGCGCACCGCCUGAAAGUUCCAGGAAAAAGCGAUUGAAAGAAAAGAGCAAAAUUAAAUUGGUUUCUAGCCCUGAAGUAGGCGACGAUUCUUCGAUGAGAUUGGAGAACACUGCGAUGGACAGCGAUAAUCAUGAAGAUGGACAGAGGAAUGAAAAUAGGGCUGCACAAGAUGGAGAGACGAAUUUACGCACACCAGGAAAAGACUCAAAAAGCAUUCCUGGCGAUGAUGCACAUCGACCAAGUAGGAGUGCACGUCGUAAAAAGGCCAAACGCAAAUGGUUGAGGGAGCAGCAAGCGAAGACGGCGAAUUUGUCAACUGAAGAGGAUGUUAUCAAAAGUGUUCCAAGUCACGAACAGACUGUGGAGGUGGAUACAGGUGAAGACGUGCUGCCAGUCGUGGUCCGGGCUGGUCACAUCCGUUUUGAACCCUACGAAGAAGACCUCUCUGGGCAUCCUCCUCGGGCAUCACUGCCGGUUUUGAACUUGCUGGAUCAGCCCAUUAGUAAACGACAGGGUCAGAACUGGGGUCAAGAGAAGACUGCAAAGAAGCAGAAGGGUAAAGGGCGGAUCAAGGAGAGUGCAGAUGACGCGUCUUUUGAUGCAAAUGCCUGUUCUGAUGGGGAGCGCACAUAUAAUGGCGAUCUCGACAAACUUCCCUCUUUACCGAAUGCACCGCAGUGUGGAGAUGUGAUAGCUUAUCGUUUAGUGGAGUUGACUACUUCCUGGACGCCAGAAUUGUCUUCACACAGAGUCGGUGUGGUUGCUUCUGUGGAUUCGAAGACCAAUAUGAUCAAGCUGGCUCCACAUCCAGAUUACCCGUUCUGCUUACGGGAUGCAGAAGUGGACGAGGGGGCUGAUAUGGAGAGCGAAUUAUAUCCCCUUCCGUAUGACGCAGAUGGAAAUUUAGAGACAGAAAUUUCUGCGCUAGUUGACGUGCGUCUGCUGAAAAAGAAGACGUCUGCAAAUUGCCCAGAAUCGGUUGAGGAGACUGAGAAGCAGGUUUCAGGGUACAAGAAAACUGGACCCCUUGAAGACGGACCCUCAAUACAGUCACGCAUGCCGGAGAUUGUUGAACGCUUGGAUAUCGUUGCACCAAGCAAUGCUCAAGUAGCGAACGAGACAGAGGUGUUUGUCAAAGAAGGAAGUGCCCAAACACGUAAUGGACAAUUGAAUAGCACAACGCCGUCAGGUGGUGAAAGUUUGGACCAAACUUGAGUAAAGCAGAUUUGGCUGACCGUAGGCCGUCUUUCUGGCAUAAGGAACGGACAAUGACGCGAUGUCAUUACCAGACUGGCAAACUCAGUUGACUAAGGAGUUGCAACGGAAGAAAUUGGAGAUACGUCAGAAAUUUGAGGACUCUGGAAGCAAUAAAACAAGCGUAGAGCCAGAGCGGAAAAUAAAAGCCGUGAGGGGUAGGAAGUUCUUGAAAAGUGCUGGAGUUGGCACGAUUGUUGCCCUCUUAAGAGCACAGCAGGCCUUGUGAAGUGGGUGUUCGAGUAGCUCAGAUAGCACUGAGGUUGCGACAUAAGAUUUCUAGAUGGCCUUCUGCCAUUGGCGUGGUCUGAUUUGUAUGGUAGAGGAAUGUGUUUCGUCGGGACAUAACACUUGAACCAUUUCAAUCUCUUCUGAUGCCAUUUCAUAUGAACGAGUGAUCCGCUCUCAAGACUCUGAGCCAUUUUUUAGAUAGCCUGUAUCAGAGCAAAUUGGAGGGUGGCAGUACGGGAUGGAGAUGGCAUCAUAUCUAUCAGCUCUGCCACAGAUAUGGACGUCACUUGAUCGCAUCAAAGUUUUGCAAUAAAAUGUUUGGAGUUUUCGA